CACAAAGCUGUGUGUUCACUCAGUGUGUUGUUUCUUCCGCGUUGUCUUCAUUUUGAUUGGUUGUGGAUACGAAGAAGAACUCUGAAAAAAAAAACACGAUGAAAUAUAAUUAUGUAUACAUGUAAAUAUUUACAUCCGAAAACGAAUAUCGCCUAACAGUUUACCAACCAGCAUGGAAGUGGACUACGUAGCUUGUGAUAUUUCAUCAGAAAUCGGAAAUCUCACAAACAACAUAUCUGCAUCAUUUAGUUAUUGCACCAAUCAGACUGAUAUAUAUACUGAAGCGACAGUACUUUAUGAUGUGCCGGUUAGCAUUGUUGUUCUUUUGUCAAUGUUCUAUGGGACAAUAUCUGUUAUGGCGGUAGUUGGAAAUGCGCUAGUAAUAUGGAUAGUGACUUCGAGUCGCCGUAUGCACAAUGUAACAAAUUGUUACAUAGCAAACUUAGCGUUGGCCGAUAUUAUCAUUGGCUUAUUUUCCAUACCGUUUCAAUUCCAGGCGGCUCUUUUGCAACGAUGGAAUUUACCAGCGUUUAUGUGCCCGUUUUGUCCAUUUAUACAAGUCCUGUCAGUGAACGUAAGUAUUUUUACACUGACCGCAAUCGCAAUCGAUCGGCAUCGUGCCAUACUGAGUCCACUCAGCGCAGUUCCGUCGAAAUUUCGCGCAAAACUCUCAAUAGCUGCCAUCUGGGUAGUAGCUUUCAUUCUUGCUACACCAAUGGCUAUUGCUCUUAGAGUAGAGAUUCUGAGCUACGCCGACGGAGCCGGCUGGAAACCGUUCUGUCACAAUAUGCGUUUACCGGAACGGACCAUGUUCAUGUACAGGGUGACGUUGCUAUUCGUGCAAUAUGUGGUGCCGGUCAUCAUCAUAACGGUCGUGUACGUGAGAAUGGCCUUGCGGUUGUGGGGAUCGCACGCACCGGGCAACGCACAGGACAGCCGGGACGCAAAUCUUAUGCGAAACAAAAAGAAAGUUAUAAAAAUGUUAGUAAUCGUCGUUGGACUGUUCGUUUUGUGUUGGCUGCCAUUGCAAACGUACAAUGUACUUCAGGACAUUUUUCCAUCAAUUAAUCAGUUUCGUUACAUCAACAUCGUUUUUUUUUGCUGCGAUUGGUUGGCGAUGAGUAACAGCUGUUACAAUCCCUUUAUUUACGGCAUUUACAACGAAAAAUUUAAACGCGAAUUCCGAGUGAAGCUGCGUCAUUUCCGACGGGGUGGGGUUGGGAGAUCAAAUACUCAUCACACCAGGUCGCCGUCGGUACGGUCGACAACGUUAUCAGAAUGGAGAAGAGGAUAUUCCAUACGAACGAACAGGACGAACUUAAACGGAUUGACCGAAGGCAACUCGAGGCGAGACGACUUGGACAUGUACGUGUACAAGUCGGGCAAGAUCACAUUGGUCAAAUGUGGCAGCCAUUCUGAUCUCGAAGAGCUGUGUUUAUAAAUACAAAAAAACAAUUGAUAAUUAUGCAAUUGAUAAAUGAUGCUCAUAGUGUAAAAUAUAAUUUUGUUUAAUAGCGAUUUAUAAAAUAAACGUAGCGAUUA